CAGGCGUGAUCUGAGGCCUAGUGCAGCGGUUCUGUUGCGGGGGUCAGCACGUCGGCCAGUGUCCAGCAAGUACUUCGGCGGUGGGUGGAGACUGCAGCGGCAGAAGUUGCUGAGCGGACAACAUGCGAGGGCACUUGCUGUUGGUGCUGGUGGCUACGCUGACUGCAGGCGGCCCGGCGACCGAAGCACACCCAGCUGGCCCGGCGUCAGGCACGCAGACGGACCAUGCAGACGCGCGUCACCCGACUGACAUCCAGGCGGUGGUCGGAGAGACCGUCGAUCUCUCCUGCCGAUUCUCAGAACCCGGCAGACAUUCGGUAGCGUGGAUCCUAGAGCGAGACGUCUCCAUUCUCACCCUUGGCGUGUUCACCUACAGCGAGGACCCAAGGUUUUCUGCCCACCGCCAGCAUGACAGUGAUGAGUGGGUGCUGAGGAUUAAAGACGUGAAGCAGCGGGACGCCGGCAUCUACAUCUGCCAGGUUACUUCGGACUCGGGCGCAAAGCUGCGGUUGAAUCUGCAUGUCAGAGAGAAAAACUCAGGAGGAGGAAAGCAGACCAGCACCGACGCUCCUGUCCCGCUGCUACUUGAGUUGAUGAUGGCAUUGUCGACUGCCGUUUCACUCAUCUUAUGAUUGUGAUGGUGGUGGUGGUGCCAGUAAUGUGAGAAAACUGGUGAGGUGUCUGACAAAUCCCGGUAACGAAAAAAGGGUAGCAUACGGUGCUGUCAGCAGCCUGCCACACCGCUUGUGGUAGCGGGGUAGCAGCCGGUAGCUGAGGGUAGCAGCUGACGUUGAAGCUUACCCAGUAUCCCAAAAGCUAUUUCUAAGCUUUUCCUAGAGGUCCACGCCAAUGCCCUGACACAUUGCGUG